AUGACGGGACCAAAGAAUGUAAUUGAUGUCCUCAUCAUUGGGGCAGGGCCAUCUGGGCUAAGCGCCGCAUUAUGGCUGGCCCAGCUAGGUAUCAACUUUCGCAUCGUGGACAAGCGAUCUGAUCAGCCUAGAAUAGGACAGGCGGAUGGUCUAAAUCCAAAGACGAUGGAGAUAUUUGAAAGCUGGGACAUCCACGGGGACGUGACCAAGCUCUGGGAGCCGGCGACCCACGAAACCCUCUGGUACCGAGGGCAGGAUGAGAAGCUCCGGAGGACAGAUCGGUACCCAAGUCAACCUCCUCCGGGGGUUCGAUGGACACAUGGGACUCUGCAGCAGGGGCGUGUAGAGGAGAUCAUGAAGAAGCGAAUUGUUAAGCUUUGCGGGGAGAAUGUCGAAUACCACACAUCCCUCGGUGGGUUGAGUAUCGACACUGCGGCGCUUGACACGCCUGGGGCCUACCCGUGUACGGUCGUACUUCAAAAGCAGCAAGAGGAGGGCACCUCAACCGAGAGCAUCCAGGCUAAGUACGUGAUCGGAGCCGACGGCGGACGGUCCUUGACCAGGGAGUGUCUGGACAUUGAGAUGCGUGGGGACAAAGGCUCGUCAAUAUGGGGCGUUAUGGAUUUUGCCGGAAGUUCAGACUUUCCAGACUUUGGGGCGACAUCCAUCAUACGCAGCGAUAUCGACGGGUCUGUGGACUUUGUUCGCCGCGAGGAAGGGCUGGUACGGAUGUACGUUGAGCUGAAUAAAGGGCCACAAGGUGCCCAGAUCCGGCGAGAGGAUAUCACCCCGGAGCUCAUCAUUGAAAAGUGCCAGUACAUGGUUCGACCAUACAAGCUAGAUGUCCGCCAGUGUGUCUGGUGGUCAGCAUUUACGGCUACGCAGCGACUGAGCAGUGCUGCGAGUAGAUGUGGCCGCGCCUUCCUUGUCGGCGAUGCUGUUCACACACAUUCACCUGUCACAGGAAUGGGAAUGAAUACAAGCAUUCAGGACUCGUAUAACCUCGUAUGGAAGCUUGCAGGUGUUAUCAAAGGAUACCUGAACCCAAGUAUUCUCGCAACCUACGAUACUGAACGAGGAAUGGUCGCCCGCCAAUUGCUGGAGGCAGACCGGACAACCCUCGAGCUAUUCGAGGCCAAAGUCGGACAUGAAUCUGCCUCAUUGCUUGAACGGGCAGAUGACCUACGAAUGUUCCUAGCAGGGCGCCUGAUUCGCUACGCAGACGCACUAUUGACAUUGCCUUCAACACAAAGGAUUGGCCACUUUGAGGCUGGCGAAUGCCUGCCAGAAGUGACGAUCACCAACCAUGCUACAGGAAGGCCUGUCCAUCUGCACAAUGCCCUCAAAGCCAAUAAUAGCUGGUGCAUUAUUGUCUUUGCAGGAGACGUCUCCUUAUCUGGUGGGAUGGGACGCAUCCACGAACUGGCAAAGCACCUGGAAGAAGCCCGAGGCGCCACUUCUGGACUACUGGAUGCACUACUCGUGCAUUGCGCACCAUGGGAUGCAAUAGAGCUCGCAGAUCUCCCUUGUUUGUUUUUCCCUCUGUAUGAAAAUACAGGCCGAGACUAUACGAAGAUCUACAUUGACGAGGGUUCCGUGUACGACGAGGCUGGGGUGGACCGGAAAGAUGGUGGACUUAUCCUGGUGCGUCCGGACCGGUAUAUUGGCUGGACAGGACGAUUGGAGGAAACCGACCAUCUGAAGAGGUAUCUCUCGCACAUCUUCCUGACUCGGUCCAAGGUGUAA